GUAUUGGAUAGAUCCCACAAUGGACGAUGGGAAGCCUGUUUGGGCUCCACACCCAACUGAUGGGUUUCAGAUGGGGAUGAUUGUGGACAUUGGCACUGACAACUUAACUAUUGAACCUUUGAAUCAAAAAGGCAAGACUUUCCAGGCUGCUAUCAAUCAAGUGUUUCCUGCGGAAGAGGACAGCAAAAAAGAUGUAGAAGAUAAUUGUUCCCUUAUGUAUUUAAAUGAGGCCACUCUCCUUCACAAUAUCAAAGUUCGGUACAGUAAGGACAGAAUUUACACCUAUGUAGCCAACAUUCUUAUUGCAGUGAAUCCAUAUUUUGAUAUACCUAAGUUUUAUUCUUCAGAAACUAUUAAAAAGUACCAGGGUAGAUCACUUGGAACAUUGCCACCACAUGUUUUUGCUAUUGCUGAUAAAGCAUUCCGUGACAUGAAAGUACUCAAGAUGAGUCAGUCCAUCAUAGUCUCUGGAGAAUCGGGAGCUGGCAAGACAGAGAACACUAAAUUUGUUUUGCGGUAUUUGACAGAAUCCUAUGGUACUGGGCAAGAUAUUGAUGAUAGAAUUGUAGAAGCAAAUCCCCUAUUAGAAGCCUUUGGAAAUGCAAAGACUGUUCGCAACAACAACAGCAGUCGUUUUGGGAAAUUUGUAGAAAUUCACUUCAAUGAAAAGAAUUCGGUGGUUGGUGGAUUUGUAUCGCAUUACCUUCUGGAGAAAUCUAGGAUCUGUGUGCAAGGCAAAGAAGAGAGGAAUUAUCAUAUCUUUUACAGGCUUUGUGCUGGUGCUCCAGAAGACAUUAGGGAAAAACUGUAUCUAAGCUCUCCUGACAACUUCAGGUAUUUAAAUCGAGGCUGUACCAGAUACUUUGCUAACAAAGAAACAGACAAGCAGAUUUUGCAGAAUCGCAAGAGUCCUGAGGAAGAUGAGUAUCUCAAAGCAGGGUCCUUGAAAGAUCCACUCUUAGAUGAUCAUGGAGAUUUCAACAGAAUGUGCACAGCAAUGAAAAAGAUUGGACUGGAUGAUGCAGAAAAACUUGAUCUUUUUAGAGUAGUGGCUGGUGUCCUUCACCUUGGAAAUAUUGAUUUUGAAGAAGCUGGGAGCACAUCAGGGGGCUGCACGCUGCGGCCGCGGAGCGAACCGGCGCUGGAGCGCUGCGCCGCGCUGCUGGGGCUGGACCCGGAGGACCUGCGCGGCAGCCUCACGGCGCGCGUCAUGCUCACCACGGCAGGGGGCGCCAAAGGAACGGUCAUCAGGGUACCCUUGAAAGUGGAACAAGCAAACAAUGCUCGUGAUGCCUUGGCUAAAACGGUGUAUAGUCAUCUGUUUGACCAUGUAGUGAACAGGGUAAACCAGUGUUUUCCAUUUGAGACUUCUUCUUUCUUCAUUGGAGUUCUAGAUAUAGCUGGUUUUGAAUACUUUGAGCACAACAGUUUUGAACAAUUCUGUAUUAACUACUGUAAUGAAAAACUGCAGCAGUUUUUUAAUGAAAGGAUUCUGAAAGAGGAACAAGAACUUUACCAGAAAGAAGGCCUGGGGGUUAAUGAAGUGCGCUAUGUAGAUAAUCAGGACUGUAUAGAUUUGAUUGAAGCAAAAUUAAUAGGUCUACUGGAUAUUUUGGAUGAAGAAAACCGUCUUCCCCAACCAAGUGACCAGCAUUUUACUUCAGUUGUGCACCAAAAACACAAGGACCAUUUCAGGCUCUCUAUUCCUAGAAAGUCUAAAUUGGCUGUUCACAGAAAUAUCAGAGAUGAUGAAGGCUUUAUUAUCCGACAUUUUGCAGGAGCAGUAUGCUAUGAGACGAUGCAAUUUGUGGAAAAAAACAAUGAUGCUUUGCACAUGUCCCUUGAAUCUCUUAUAUGUGAAUCCAAGGACAAGUUUGUUCGACAGCUGUUUGAAUCUAACACUAACAACAACAAGGAUCCUAAACAAAAAGCUGGGAAACUUAGUUUCAUCAGUGUGGGAAACAAAUUCAAGACUCAGUUAAAUUUGCUUCUUGAGAAGCUUCACAGUACUGGGUCUAGCUUUAUUCGCUGUAUCAAACCUAAUUUAAAGAUGACAAAUCACCAUUUUGAAGGAGGACAGAUCCUCUCUCAGCUUCAGUGUUCAGGAAUGGUGUCAGUUCUGGAUUUAAUGCAAGGUGGUUUCCCUUCGCGAGCUUCAUUUCAUGAACUGUAUAAUAUGUACAAGAAAUACUUGCCUGAAAAAUUAGCUCGACUGGAUCCUAGGCUUUUCUGCAAGGCACUAUUUAAAGCCUUGGGAUUGAAUGAAAAUGAUUAUAAAUUUGGGCUAACCAAGGUGUUUUUCAGACCCGGCAAGUUUGCAGAGUUUGAUCAGAUAAUGAAGUCUGAUCCAGAUCACUUAGCAGAGCUAGUUAAACGAGUGAAUCACUGGCUUAUCUGCAGUCGCUGGAAGAAAGCUCAGUGGUGUUCUCUCUCAGUGAUUAAAUUGAAAAAUAAGAUAAAAUAUCGAGCCAGUGCUUGCAUUAAAAUACAAAAGACUAUUCGUAUGUGGCUUUGCAAGAGAAAGCACAAACCACGCAUUGAUGGCCUGAUAAAAGUGCGUAAGCUGAAGAAAAGACUUGAUAGAUUUAAUGAAGUAGUAAGUGCUCUGAAGGAGGGGAAGGUGGAGACAAGCAAGCAAGUCAAGGAGCUGGAGUAUUCUAUUGAUGCUUCAAUGACCAAAAUUAAGACCACUAUAAUGACUAGGGAACAGAUACAGAAAGAAUAUGAUGCUCUAGUUAGAAGUUCAGAGCAGCUUCUAAGUGCACUGCAAAAGAAGAAACAGCAAGAGGAGGAAGCAGAAAGGCUGAGACGCAUCCAGGAGGAAAUGGAAAAAGAAAGAAAGAGACGUGAAGAGGAAGAACAACAACGAAGGAAGGAAGAAGAGGAAAGACGUCUGAAAUCUGAGAUUGAGGCAAAGAGGAAACAGGAAGAGGAAGAGAGGAAAAAGAGGGAAGAUGAAGAAAAGCGUAUUCAGGCUGAAAUUGAGGCACAGCUAGCUAGAGAACGGGAAGAGGAAACCCAGCACCAGGCAGUGCUUGAACAGGAACGUCGUGAUCAUGAACUUGCAAUGAGAAUUGCCCAGAGUGAGGCAGAACUCAUCAGUGAUGAGGCUCAGCUUGAUUUAGGAUUGCGCAGGGGUCCUUCAGUUCAAGCCACAAAAGCUGCUGCUGGUACUAAGAAGCAUGAUCUCAGCAAGUGGAAAUAUGCAGAGCUUCGUGAUACAAUCAAUACAUCCUGUGAUAUUGAACUAUUGGCAGCUUGCAGAGAAGAGUUUCACAGGAGGCUAAAGGUAUAUCAUGCUUGGAAAUCCAAGAAUAAGAAACGCAAUGCAGAAACAGAACAGCGUGCUCCGAAAUCAGUCACAGACUAUGAUUUUGCACCAUUUUUGAGCAACUCACCUCAACAGAACCCAACAACCCAGCUACCAGCCAGACAAAAAGAGAUUGAAAUAAACAGACAACAGCGUUACUUCCGCAUUCCCUUCAUCCGUCCUGCUGACCAGUACAAAGAUCCCCAGAACAAGAAGAAGGGUUGGUGGUAUGCGCAUUUUGAUGGGCCAUGGAUUGCUCGACAAAUGGAACUUCACCCUGACAAGGCACCCAUUCUCCUUGUAGCAGGUAAGGAUGAUAUGGAUAUGUGUGAGCUUAAUCUUGAAGAGACUGGCUUAACUCGAAAGCGAGGUGCUGAAAUUUUGCCGAGACAGUUUGAAGAAAUUUGGGAGCGCUGUGGAGGUAUCCAGUAUCUUCAAAAUGCAAUUGAAAGCAGACAAGCUCGUCCUACAUAUGCUACAGCGAUGCUGCAGAACCUAUUGAAAUAAAUGGUCAUUUUGCACAGUAGUAUUUGAGAUGAGAACCCUUGCCCAUGAUACAAAGGGAAGAGUUCCUCUGUGCAACAGAGGAUGUAAACAUUCUAUGAUCAUAUUAGAGAUGUUUAAUAUAAAGUGAACAGAUUUUAUUAAUCAUGUGGCUUGUUAAUUUGUACUUUAUGAUGUUUAAUUUGUGUAGUGAACUUUACUAGGUAUGAGGUCCUUGAAGAAACUCCAGUCAGUGUAGCUUGUUGCAUUUUGUUUAUAUGUUGCAUUUUCUUUAACAGUUUCUGUUGUAACUCUUAAGACUUUUAAGCAAUCUGUACUUGGGUACAUAUUACAAAGAACUACACUGAAACUAACUUGUUAUAAAAUCCCCUCUUUAAGACACUGAAUAGUUGUCUUCAACUUGUGGCCUAGUAAAGAGGAUAUGCUGUUUCUAAUAACUGGAAUUGUGAGGCCUUAGCUUUGACUUCUGUUCCAGAGAAGUUGGAGUAUAAUUUUAUAUAAUCUGAGAUAUUUUAUGUCCUGAUUUGAAAACUGGUUAGUGUCUGUAUGUACUUUUUCAGAGACUGAUGGGAAAUCCUCCUAAACAUGGGACCCAUAAAUUCCUAUUUAAUGCAUUCUCUGUCAUGUUUUAAGAGGAAUGGCUUUCUGUACAUUCUGAGAAGAGCAUUCAUAUAUGUCAAUAUUGUGUAAUAUUGGAGGUACUCAAAGAAUGUACCCCUCAUUAAGUCUCAUACCACUUCUCUCUUAGCUUCUUUUUCUGUUUUCUCUUUAAGUACAAAUUUCCUUUAGACUUUUAUUUUUCUGACCAAAUUUUCAGUAGGAAUUCUUGGAGAGUUUGUUUGUCCAGGUGGUGUAACUUCAGUAUAUUCAAAAUUGUCCAAGACUUGUAUUGGGAGGCAUAUAAGAGUAUGGAUAGCAUAAGGGAACUAUGUUCAGCUUUUUGGUGGCAGUAUAGCGUAACGGUAUAGGGAGGCCUGAGUCUCAGACAUUCUGUUUAUUUUAAUUAUAAUGAGAUGCACAAGGUCUGUACCUUUUGCUAGAUGUUUAAAAAUUUGGUCCAAUAACAUAAUGCAUCGUUUAAAUACUAUGUGCUGAUGAAAUAGCUACAAUUUUUAGUAUACUGGAACAUCAUAGUGAUUUGGACACUGACCUUUAUCUUCCUAUCUUCUGUCAAAUUUCAUAGCUUGUAACAGUUCCCUUAUUAAGCAGUUCAUUU